UGGAGCUGAGUAAGGAGCGGGAGAAUGGGCAGGUGAGCCUGACCAGCCAGGUAGCAGAGGGAAGGGCAGGAAUGGCGCCAUGGACUAUAGAUCUCAGGCGAGGGAAGGCAAGGACUACUGCAGGCACUGGAUGCACAGAGGCAGGUGCUAGUAAGAUUUUUCCUGACACAAUAUCAAGGACAAGCUACAGCAAGCUCAGAGGGAGAUGAAGGCAAUGGAGAAGAGACACAAAGAAGAAAUGGAAAGGAUGCGCAGGAUCCAGCUGCAGUACAGGCUGUGUGAACAAAAGCAGAUGGACACAGGCUCUGCAGCAGCGUCCUCCAAAGAAGGAGUCUCCCCUCUGCAGCCUGAAAACUCGAGCAUGGACAGUUCAUGCUGGUCAAGCCAGGAGAGAGAGAAGCAAUGCCUGAAGAUGCUGAGGAGCAUUGUGAGCAUGGCAGAUCCAGCAGAGAAAUACACUGGCUGGCAACAUAUUGGCAGUGGGUGAGUGCAGCCACACUUCCUUCUACACAACUAUGGGCCAGGUAUUUUGGUG